AUGUCUUUGUGUGACGACAUGCUGCUUUGUAAUUAUCGAAAGUGUCGCAUCAAACUCUCUGGUUAUGCAUGGGUCACAGCCUGCUCUCACAUUUUCUGUGAUCAGCAUGGCAGUGGUGAGUUCAGUCGUUCACCAGCUAUCUGCCCUGCUUGCAACAGUACCCUUUCUGGAAAACUAGAUAUUGUCCGUACAGAACUCAGUCCAUCAGAGGAAUAUAAAGCCAUGGUACUGGCAGGACUUCGACCAGAGAUUGUGUUGGACAUUAGCUCCCGAGCACUGGCCUUCUGGACAUACCAGGUACAUCAGGAGCGUCUCUAUCAAGAAUACAAAUUCAGCAAGGCUGAGGGCCAUAUGAAGCAGAUGGAGAAGAUAUAUACUCAGCAAAUACAGAGCAAGGAUGUAGAAUUGACCUCUAUGAAAGGGGAGGUCACCUCUAUGAAGAAAGUACUAGAAGAAUACAAGAAAAAGUUCAGUGACAUCUCUGAGAAACUUAUGGAGCGAAAUCGUCAGUAUCAAAAGCUCCAAGGUCUCUAUGAUAGCCUUAGGCUACGAAACAUCACUAUUGCUAAUCAAGAAGGUAACCUUGAACCAUCCAUGAUUUCCAAUCCUGGUAUUUUUGGCUUCCCAUUAGGGAACAAACCCAAGUUUCCUUUGGAAAGGACACCAGUUCAAAACCAGGGUGGUGGAGACGGAGAUUUUCAGUUCAGACCAUUUUUUAUGGGUUCUCCCACAGCUCCUGAACCCAGCAACAACUUUUUUAGUUUUGCAUCUCCAAGUCGUGAAUUAGAGCAGCAGCAAGUCUCUAGCAGGGCCUUUAAAGUAAAAAGAAUUUAA